AUGGCAACCACGGCCCCAAUGCCGGCGGAGAAACGCGACUCAAUGGAAGCCACGGCGAGUAGUCUUGAAGCCAAGAUGAAAGCGGCUUCAAUCAACCAGACACCGCGUAAGCGACCUCUCGGGCUCACAGACCUUCCUCCGUCCGUCCGCAACAACAUCUACAAGCACUGUCUCGACGCCGAACUAGUCAACCUUGGCAAGCCAAAUGUCUCCUACACCCACACCAUCUCCAAAGAAGAUGGCAUCUUGUCCUUCUCAGCCUCGCGCAACCCUUUCCCUGUCAAUACGGCUCUCUUUACCAUCAACAAAGAGAUAAGCAAGGAUGCCCUGUCCUACUUCUACGAGAAGAACCUCUGGGUACGAUUAGAUGUUUACACAAGCGAUGCACGACAUGCAAAGACACUACUCGAAGACUCGGGCCUACUCUUUUCAACAUCCAAGGGCGCACUAGUCGAAAAGGCUACACGCCAUGCCCUCGAAGUUGUUCUCGUGGAGAAGAACAGCAGUCAGAAGCGUGCUUCGGUUAUGUUUCCCGCUCAGUAUUUGCCUCGAUUGAUCAAUUUCUUGGACCAAGCGAGCAGAGCGACGAAGACGUGGGCACAAGGUCGUAGUCUCUUCCUAAACGUUGUGAACACAUACAGUUUCCCUGUAUCAAAGCUACAGGGGGAUCUACUGGAGCUUUUCCGUUUGUUGAGCGGGUUCGGCAAGGUGGAAGUUGAUGGCAAGAACCUCUUACCUCGGUAUGCGGAGGGCCUGCAGAACAAUAUGAUGGGCGAGAGCUUCACGGCAGACGGCUAUCUGCAGAGUGUAACAGAGUUAUGUGAUUUGGCGGAUGAGGCUAGGGAGAAGGAGAAGUAUCAGUUGGCGAAUGAGUAUGCACACGCUACUAUUAUUGCGUUGACGUAUGGGUACUUGACGCAUGCUGAGACGCUGCAUUCGCAGGAAGAUGACUUCAACAAGUCCAUUCAACGACUGCGCUGGCGGACGGAACUUGGGUUGGGUAUCAGCUUGUCUAUUCCGCUGAGAGGUCUUACGACUAGUAAGCAUUGGUUAAGGACACAGAACCCGACGGAGGAGAUUAGGAAGGCGGCACGCGAUCUUCUGCUGGCAGAGACUUCGGUUUCGAAAGCGCUGAGUCUGGCACAGGAUUCCCCGUCUCCGGCGUCGAAUCCUUGGUUCCACUCGCUUCCUGUCGAGCUCAUUCCGCCGAACAAACCCACCUUCUUCACCGAUCGCGAAAAGGCACAGACGUGGUAUGCGCUAGGUACUGUACAUAUGGCUUUGGGCGAAUACAUCUUUGCUUGUGGCGACAUGGAGAGAGCUUUGGAACUUUGGGGCAAAGACACAGGCAUCGAUGAGGAAGACGGCUUGAGAAGCAAGAUCGAGGAGUCUUUCGAGAAGGCAAGGAAAGGUAUCGAUGGUGACGCGGAGAGUAUGUGGGUCGGUGAAGUCAGGCCAGGAACAGGACUGAAGACUGCGGCUUCUCUGGCAAAGGGACUGUAG